GGCCCCGCCCCACCGCCGCCAUGUUGCGGCCGUUGCUGCCCGGCGCUGGGUGAGGCCUGUGCGGGCCCCGGAGGAGCUACCUGCGCUGAUGGACCCCUUUUCAAAUGCAAUGUUAAUCAUGGACCUCCAGCUGAGAAACUGUUUGGCAAAGCUGUCAUCAUGGGCGACAUGAAAACCCCGGACUUCGACGACCUUUUGGCUGCUUUUGACAUCCCAGAUCCAACUAGCCUUGAUGCCAAGGAGACCAUACAGUCAACUGCUGAAGAGAACGAAAAUCACUUAAAGCCAUCAGGAAUUUGUAUAGAUGAAAAUGUGUCCUUGUCCCACUCAGUGCCGGCGCCUGAUACCCCUGUUGUGAGUGUUAUUGUGAAAAACACAAGUCGUCAGGAGUCCUUUGAAGCAGAGAAGGAGGGGAAUCACCUUGGAGCUGGCCUGUUACACAAUGGGUUCCGUGGGUCUGAUCUGCCAUCAGAGGCGCACAACUUAGUGCACAGUUAUGGGAAAUUUGAUUCUGCUUUUAUUAAUGGUGAUAGUUCGAAAAACUAUUCUGAAAAACUGGACCAAUCAAAGUCAGAACCUUUACCCACAUUCAGUCAGUUCAGCCCUAUCUCCAGCCCUGAACCAGAGGAUGCUUUCAAAGAGAACAGUAUUGAUGAUAAACCAAAACAUGCCCAAACUCCAUAUUUCCCACCAACUCCAAUGUAUAUUCCAACUGCGGCUUCAGUUCUAGAUUCACUUAGGAAAUUACCAGAGCCAGAAUUGAGUAUGUUUGAUCAAUAUUGUAAAAAAGAACAAAAGAUGGAGAUUCAUAGCCUGCAAGAAAAUAGGCUGGAAUUGAGCAGAAAAGAACAAGACAGAGUAGCAGAGAAAUUUGUAGAAUCCAGCAAAGAUCUAGUGGAUACCAACAACUUCCUUGGAGAAGGCUUGACAUUUGGAAGCUUCCACAACAAUAACUUGAAGGAAAGCCGAGGGUCUGUGCCCGAGGUGAACUUUUCUUCAUCAAUCCCACCUCGCCAACGUCUAAAGCCAGCUCACUCAAAAUUGUCAUCUUGUGUUGCUGCAUUAGUAGCUCUUCAGGCCAAAAAAGUUGCAUGUAUUCCAAAAGAAGAUCAAACAAGUCUUAUAAAAGAACCUUCUGGCCAUUUUAAAGAUGGCAUGAAAGGAAGCCCCAAAAUGCCUAAGUCACCAAAGAGCCCAAGAAGCCCCCUAGAGGUGGUAAAAAAGGCCAACAAGCAGCCCGAGAGUCCUCGGAGUGUGUGUAGUGAUAGUAGUGGAAAAGGCUCUCCCUCCAUGGCAGCUGGCUCUCCACCGGCUAUUCCCAAAGUUAGAAUAAAAACUAUUAAGAUGUCUUCUGGUGAAAUUAAAAGAACUGUAACUAGAAUCUUGCCAGAAGCUGAAGAGUUGGGCAAAUCCCCUGAGGAGUCAUGUGCAGAAGGUUUGGCCACGGAAGAGAUUACUAAGUCCUUCCCUUCACCUGAUACUAAUGCAGUCACAGAAAAUGAGGCAAGCAAGGGUUCCACCAAAAAUGCAGCUGCCACAGGUGUUCAAGUGUCAAAUGUUGUGAGCCCCUGUAUAGAUGAUGUGAAAACAGAGACUACUGACAAUGGCACACCCAAUGUGUCCUCGUCUCCCCUGCCAAACUGUGGCAGUGAUGCCAUAAAAAUAGGUAAUGUGGGUCAGCAGCCCAACAAGAGGCAGCAGCAGGGUACUGUGACGCAGCCAUCUAACCCCACCAAUUCCAGCCUCCUUCCCAAAGCUGUACAUCUAGCAAAUCUCAAUUUAGUUCCACACAGUGUUGCUGCUUCUGUCACAGCAAAAUCUUCUGUGCAAAGGCGAAGUCAGCCUCAGCUAACUCAAAUGUCAGUGCCGCUGGUGCAUCAGGUAAAGAAAGCUGCUCCUGUAAUUGUGGAGGAAUUUAAUAAAGUACUAAACAGUAACAAUCUUGUGCCAGUGUAUUCUCCAAACCUCAGCCCACCACCUGAGAGCAAUAUUCAGUUGCCUGCAUCUGGGUAUUGUUGCCUGGAAUGUGGAGAUUCAUUUGCCUUAGAAAAAAGCCUAACUCAACACUAUAGUAGACGAAGUGUCCACAUUGAAGUCAUGUGUACUCAGUGUUCAACUCUGCUGCUGUUCUUUAACAAGUGUAGUUUGCUUAAACAUGCAAGAGAGCACAAGAGCAAAGGAUUGAUUAUGCAAUGUUCUCAGCUGUUAAUGAAACCAAUUUCCUUAGAUGAAAUGUUUUCACCUUCUCCUACAAACUCUUCAGUGUCUUUGGUCCCUCAGACUUUGCAUUUCCCAUCUCCUUCAUGUAAACCCAGUGCUACAUCAGGAAGUGGGACAGGAACCUCUAUCAACACUCACCCAGCCAUGCCUCUGUAUGCAGACCCAUUGAGACUAAUCCGUCAUGGACUAAAGUGUCUUGAAUGUAACAAGCAGGCGCAGGAUUACGUUGCUCUAGCAGCACACUUCCAGAGAACCUCAGAAGAUAAUGAGGGACUAGUAAGUAAUUUACAAUUUUAA